AAAGCCCAAACCCCUUUCACUUAAACCAGUUCGAAACUGUUGCCAUACAAAAACCCUAAUUUCUCCCCUCUCAUCACCCCCUCAAACCCCUAAUAAUAUUCAUCACUCUUGCGCCUCAAAGCAUAUACUAACAGAGCAGAGAGAAAAACAAAAAACCGUAACCAAUAACCAUAACCAUGGCAGCGACACCCCCACCAAUCCACUCAGUGCAAUGUUUCGGUCGCAAAAAAACAGCAGUCGCAGUAACCUACUGCAAGACCGGUCGCGGUCUAAUCAAGAUCAACGGAACCCCAAUCGAGCUAGUCCAACCGGAGAUCCUCCGUUACAAAGUGUUCGAGCCCAUCCUUUUACUUGGUCGAUCCAAAUUCAAUGGUGUCGACAUGCGUAUUCGUGUGAAAGGAGGAGGUCACACUUCUCAGAUCUAUGCCAUCCGACAAAGCAUCGCCAAAGCAUUGGUCGCUUACUACCAGAAAUUCGUUGAUGAGCAACAAAAGAAGGAGAUCAAGGAUAUUUUAGUCAGGUAUGAUCGUACUUUACUUGUUGCUGAUCCUCGUCGUUGUGAGCCUAAGAAGUUUGGUGGACGUGGUGCUCGUGCUAGGUUCCAGAAAUCUUACCGUUGAACAACACAAACAAAACCUCUCUUUUUUCUUUCUAUCAUUUUUUGUGUGUCUUGUUUAGGAUUUCAGAUAGGGUAUGGUAUGGAUUCUUACUUCUUAGUGGUUUAGAGAUGGUAAUCAGCUCUCUAAUUUUUGGUUUAGUAAGUACUUUAAUGUUUCGAGUUUCGAAUUAUAUAUUAUGUGAAGUAGUUUCUCAUGUUCAAUCUUAUUCUUAUUGUUAUUCUUA